AGCUUGCAUUAAUUAUGAAGAAGUUUAUUUGUGUUUCAAUAUUUUUUACUUUUUCCACUGUCCCGCUAAUAAUAAGCUAUUUUUUGAGUAAACGUUAUCGAAAAUUCACCUCGAAACUUCAAAAUGCCGAUGACAACAGCUAUUAUCAGUGCAUUUUUUUCGAUUACAAGAACUUUAAUUGCAGAACUCAUUUUCUGAAUAAAAAUGAGUGUGGAGACGCGUGCUCAUACGUUCAUUUAAUAAGACUGUUGAAAUUUAUAGAGAGCGCCAAACACAGUAUCAGUAUGUGCAUGUAUAUGUUGACUUUAAAACAGGUAUCAACAGUGCUUGUAAAUGCUGCUCGUAGAGGAGUCAAUGUAAGAGUUAUCAUGGACAAAGCAAUGUCUCAGACUACCCCAACACUAGCCAGUUUGAAGGAUUUUGAUAAAUGGAGAGUUUUUUAUAAAAUGCCUGACUCUACUGACGUCAUGUUGCACCACAAAUUUUGCCUCAUCGACGAAAACCACCCCCAAUUGGCAAAAAUGUUUUUCGGAAGCUUGAACUUAACGGCCCAAGCGAUGUGCAAGAAUUUUGAGACAGUCGUUUUGACUAAUAAUUCAGAUUGGAUUCAAACGUUCAGUCAAGAAUUUGAAGAUUUAUGGUUUUAUUUAUAAAUUAUUUACAAGAAAUAAAUUUUUCUACGCUUGCGUCUAGUGUGUGUAAAACUGU